GCCAUGGCGGAGGCCCGCUUCACCCGGGGCAAGUCGGCCCUGCUGGAGCGCCCCUGGGUCGGCCCGGGGGAGGUGAGCCCCCAGGCCUUCGCCCUGCUCUUCUCGGAGCUGGUCCAGCACUGCCAGAGCCGGGCGGCGUCGGUCGGGGAGCUGCAGGGGCGCCUGGCGGGGCUGGGGCGCUCGGUGGGGGGGAGGGCGCUGGAGGCGGUGGCCUGGCGGGAGAAGGGGGGCCGGCGGGAGACCCGGCUGCUGGGGGCCCUCCUCCAGCUCAAGGGCCCCGUGUGGCGGGCCCUGUUCGGCCGGGAGGCCGACCGGCUGGAGCAGGCCAACGACGACCCCCGGGUCUACUACAUCAUCGAGCGGGGCCCCCUGGUCAACGCCUACAUCUCGCCGCCGAGGGACCACGCCAGCCUCAACCCGGCCAGCUUCGCCGCCGGGGUGGCCGAGGCCGUGCUGGGCCACGGGGGGUUCCCGGCCCGGGUCACCGCCCACUGGCACAAGGGGACCACGCUGAUGAUCAAGUUCGACGAGGCCGUGCUGGCCCGCGAGAGGGCGCUGGAGGGGCGCUGAGGGAGGGGGAGGGGACGGGGGAGGGGGAGGGAGGGGUCCACCCUGUGUCCACCGAUGGCCACCAAAAUCCAAGCUGUGUCCACCAAUGUCCACUCUGUGUCCACCCCACCCGGGGUCCACCCUGUGUCCACCAGUGGCCACCGAUAUCCACCCUGUGUCCACCAAUAUCCACCCUGUCUCCACCAGUGGCCAAUAAAGUCCAGCCUGUGUCCACCAAUGUCCACUCUGUGUCCACCCCACCAGGGGUCCACCCUGUGUCCACCAGUGGCCACCGAUAUCCACCCUGUGUCCACCAAUGGCCAAUAAAGUCCAGCCUGUGUCCACCAAUGUCCACUCUGUGUCCACCCCACCCGGGGUCCACCCUGUGUCCACCAAUAGACACCGAUAUCCACCCUGUGUCCACCAAUAGACACCGAUAUCCAGCCUGUGUCCACCAAUGGCCAAUAAAGUCCAGCCUGUGUCCACCAAUGUCCACUCUGUGUCCACCCCACCCGGGGUCCACCCUGUGUCCACCAGUGGCCAAUAAAAUCCAACCUGUGUCCACCAA